AUGGGCAAAGAUGGAGGGCGAUUCGGACUCAUUCGGCAAAACACAUUUGGUGAACAUGCAAGACUCUUCUCGGGACGUGGAGACGCUCGGUUUGUCACUGACCUGAGAAGGAACGAAAUGAAACGGCUAACGGACAUCUUGCACCUAGAUAUCACAAGAGCGAGACACGCCGAUGAGAUCGUCAAAUGUCUGAUCCACGCUCUACCAAAGAAUAUGCGCCGUGACCGCUGGUCGAGAACAAACAAAGAUUUGUGCAAUGCCCAUCAGGAUCUGAGUGCUGAUCUCAUAUACGAUUUGUUCAAUCUCAUCAGAAGGGAGGUCGGUUACCACCUCCGCAAGUUUGACGCAUACCCGCACCUGUUGAAGCCUCUAGACAAUUUGAUUCUGAAGCAACUGCGGGCUAUACAGGGUAUGUGGAAGAAGCCCAGCUUGAACGACCCGGAUGCUCCAAAUGCAUGGCGCUACGAAAUCAGCGACUGCCAGGGGUGCAUGGUGGCUCGAAUUGCGAGUGACAAAAACGCACUGCGCAAUCUUCGCGUUGCGUUGCUCGCUCGCACGCAGACUCGUGUAAAUCAUGUCCCACGCAGGCUUAUGAAAUUUGUCGACGCCUGCAUUGACCUGUUCCCUGAUGAUGUGGAUGAACUCUAUGGUACAUCGAGCCAAUUUGCAUAUAUCCUCAAGGAUACCCGCAAAGCCUGCAGCAAAGCCUGGUUAAAGGAUCCGGCUCAUGUGAACUCGAGACAUCCGCAAAACAAGCACAGUAAUCGUGAGAAGGGCGAGAAGCAUGAGGUGAAUGAUGGAAGCAAGAAGAGCAGAAAGAAUGCACGCAGCCAUACCUCCGCCAAUGAGUAUAAUCCACGGAAGAACCAUGUGCAACCACCACGACCGAUCAAAACACCUCACCCGGCAGAAAGGUAUGUCCCCGAAUCUUCUUCUUCGUUUGCAGCGCGGCGUGCUGACAGUGACACAAAAGGACUCGGCUUGUAUCGCCCAACGUCGAGAGUUUCCCGGAAAGCUUCAACGUCACCGUGCCACAUGAGUGAAGAUCACCAGUGGUCUCCAAAUCCAGAUCGUGUCACCAGGUUCAUGGAUUUUGCUGAUGACAACUACCAAGGCCUGGGAAUAAGGGCGGCAGGGUGGAGUGCGACUACUAUCUACGGGUCUCUUGGAAAACCCCGUUCACCUAGUGCAGCAAUUGCUGUCUAUGGAACUUUAGACGAAGCCAACGGAAUGCUGGAGAUGUAG